AUGCUAUAAAAAUAAAAGUAAGAAGAAUUUAAUACAAAGUUUUUUGCAAGAGCCAAAAAGGGGAUGUUGAAGAGAUUCUUUUUUUAUGAUCGAACCCUUAAUUAUAUAGAAACUCUAAUCUUCACAGAAUUUAGUGGUCGUAAGUAAAUAAUUCCAAUGAGAAAUACUUAAUGUUUAAAACCGACUUGCAUUUAUGAUAUUGAUGAACUGUAUGAGAGAUAUGAGAAAUCAAAUUAUUCAAGUUAUGCAAAUUUUAUGUGUCAUACUUGUAGAAAGAUGAUUGAUUUAUAGGGUUUUUAUAUGGAUGAAGAUUUAAGGAAGAUUAUUGAUGUUAUAUGGAACACUUAUAAUAAAUUCAGUAUAUAAUGUUAAAAAGCAGCCAUCUUCAAAGAUGGUUCAUGGGAAGCUGUACUUCCAGAGUAUUUAAAAAGAAUGUAUCGUAAAAAUGUAGAGGAAUAUGAUGUGAAAUAGAAUGAUGAUGAUUUUAUUGAUUAACCUGAUGAAAUACUUAAAUUUGAGUUGCCAUUAUUGCAUGAAUUUGAUGUGUAGGAAUAUGCAGAAUUAUUAGAAUAAGAGGAUAGGGGAGAUGAGAGACAUCAUGAUAGUGACAUCUUAUUGAGACGAUACAAUUUAUAAAUCAAAUGGGGAGAAUUUGCAUAAUUUAAGAAUUAAGUUGCAGUUUCAAUAAAUGUUAUGGGAAUAUUUAUGCAUUAUUUACAUGAUUAUCUUGAAGAUAGAAAAAAUACAAUGAAAAUGCAAGCUAAACUUAAAUUAGGUGUUUUAUGUAUUAAAGUUAUAUCAUAUGAUCGUUUCUCUAAAAGAGCAGAAUUCUUCUUUCUCUCUGACAAUUUAGAAGGACCAAAAGCAAAUUAUACUGAAUAUGAAUAAGUCAUUAUAGCAAUAUAUUAUGAUGAGAGAUGGAUAGCUUUGAUUUGUGAUAUUGAAGCAAGGAGAUUAAAAAUGAUUGAUUUUCUUGAAGAAACUAUAGCUCGUACUACUCUUGAUGAAGUAUACGAAUUAGGAUAAUAUUUGAUUUCUCAGAUUUUUCAACCUUAUAAAUUUCCCAAGAAUCCUUCAAGAGAAUUACUUAUUGGUUAGAUUCAAGAAGAUAUGAGAAAUGAAAUUCCUAGAAAAAUAUAAUUGUAUUGUGAUUGUGGUCAUCAUGUAGCAUAAUAUUUCUAUUAUUACAUAUUGGAAGAAAUAGAAUUGAUUAAGAUUCAACAGAAAUGGCCAUAGGAUGUAGGUGUUAAAUAGAAGAUACAUAAUGUUAAAUAUAAAUUAGGGGAAUAAGAUUAUUUUACUGCUAAAAUAUGUUGGGUGUUACUCAAAAUGUCUUAAAAUACUGGUUUCAAAAUACUUGUUUAUGAUAUGAAACCAAAAGAAAGAGUAGAGAAAGAUACUCUAGAUGAUUUUGUAAUAGAAUAAGCUAGAUUGAAAGCAGAGAAACUUUGGGAUGAUAACAAUAAAUAACCAAAAUAAACAACAUUUUAAAUUGUUCAUGGUUUAAAUUAAGUUGAAGAUGUUGUAAUAUCGAAAAGUGGAAUUGAUAAAUAAGAAGACUAAAAGUAAAAUAAAUAGAAAAGUAGAGUAGAAAAAUAUUGGGGAGUAGAAAGUGGAAUUUAAUUUAAUAAUUAAAGAAAUUUAUAACCUAAUUAUGCAUAAUAAUAAUAAUAAUAAAAGGAUAAUUCUUUGUUGAGUAAUUUGAGUUUUCAGUUUGGUAAUUAAGAUAAACCAACAGUGAGACAUUAAUCAUAAAUAUAAGAUGAUUCUAAAUC